UGAAUUGCAGAUUUACCAACCACCGCGGAACGCGCUACAUUUUGGCUCAGUAUUUGCUUCCAGAAACCGUCUCUGAGAGCACCGAUCAAGUAAAUUCUAAGUUCUCAUUGGUCAUCCUCAACUCAGUUGCAUAACUCAGACGCUUCGAAAUGCCGGCCGGUAAUAAAAACUCCCGUGUUUUCUGUAUCGGAACCGUCAAUACGAAGCUCGACGAGCUACGAUUCCUCGCCGAGUCGGUCCGAUCCCAUCUCAACGCCUUCUCCACAGCUUCCUCACUGAAGGUCAAAGUAUCGGUGGUGGACGUAUCGGCGAGUCGGACCGAGACCGAUACAAAUCCAACCGAUUUCGAAUUCGUUUCGAGGAAGGAGAUUCUCAGUCACAGUUCUGAAGCAUCAGCCGAUCAGAUUCCGGAGGACAGAGGCGAAGCGGUUGCUGUAAUGAGCAAAGCGCUCGAGAACUUCCUAUCCAAAGCUCAGAACGACGGCGUUUUAGCCGGAGCUGUAGGUCUCGGAGGCAGCGGAGGCACGGCACUGAUAUCCUCCGCUCUAAGAUCUCUGCCAAUCGGAGUACCGAAGCUGAUCUUAUCGACCGUCGCGAGCGGGCGGACCGAUCACUAUGUGGGGACUUCGGACCUGGUGUUGUACCCGUCAAUUGUCGAUGUCUGUGGGAUUAAUAGCGUGAGCAGGGUCGUAUUGAGCAAUGCUGCUGCUGCGUUCUGUGGGAUGGUGGUUGGGGGAGUUGGGAGGGGCGGAGAUUCAGGUGGUGGCGGUGGAGGGGUGGAGAAACCGACGGUGGGGCUGACCAUGUUUGGGGUGACGACUCAAUGUGUGAAUGGGGUUAAAGAGGGAUUGGAGAAACAUGGGUAUGAGACAUUGGUUUUUCAUGCCACUGGGGUUGGAGGGAGAGCUAUGGAGUCUCUGGUUAGAGAUGGAUUCAUAAAGGGGGUUUUGGAUAUCACAACAACAGAGGUUGCAGACCAUGUGGUAGGGGGUGUCAUGGCUUGCGAUGCUUCCCGCUUUGAUGCCAUCAUAGAGAAAAGGAUUCCUUUAGUACUGAGUGUUGGAGCUUUGGAUAUGGUAAAUUUUGGAGCUAAGGAUACCAUACCAUCCAAUUUUCAACACAGAAAGAUUCAUGAACAUAAUAAGCAGGUUUCACUGAUGAGAACCACUGUAGAUGAGAACAAGAAAUUUGCUGGUUUUAUAGCAGAUAAGUUGAACAAAUCAUCAUCAAAGGUGGUUGUUUGCCUACCGCAAAAGGGUAUCUCUGCUUUGGAUGCACUGGGGCAGCCUUUCCGUGAUCCGGAGGUCACUGCUUCUCUGAUUAGUGAACUACAGAGGCUGGUCCAGACAAAUGAAGAUCGGAAGGUAAGGGUGUACCCUCAUCAUAUAAAUGAUCCUGAGUUUGCAAAUGCAUUGGUUGACUCAUUUUUAGAGAUUAGUACAAAGAGUUCUAUCCAGUCUACUCCACCGCAAGUUCAUGAAUCAAACCAACAAGUUCACGAAAGUUCUGUUUCGAAGAUAAAUUUGUCAAGCUCCGAGACCGUUCCACGUAACCUGAGUGAUUUCCCAGAUGCAAGACCAGAAACUCUACAAAGAACUAGGAUGGUGUUGCAGCAACUCAAAGAUCAAAUAAAUAGAGGAAUUCCAAUUAUAGGGGCUGGUGCAGGGACAGGCAUAUCUGCAAAGUUUGAGGAAGCUGGUGGUGUUGAUCUGAUAGUGGUGUACAAUUCAGGGCGCUUUCGCAUGGCAGGGAGAGGUUCAUUGGCAGGCUUAUUGCCGUUUGCUGAUGCAAAUGCUGUAGUACUUGACAUGGCCAAUGAAGUUUUGCCAGUGGUGAAGAAGGUACCUGUUCUUGCUGGGGUGUGUGGCACCGAUCCUUUUCGCCAAAUGGAUUUCUUUUUAAGGCAGGUGGAGUCAAUUGGAUUCUCUGGGGUUCAAAAUUUUCCAACAGUUGGACUCUUUGAUGGUAAUUUUAGACAAAAUCUUGAAGAAACUGGAAUGGGAUACCGAUUGGAGGUUGAGAUGAUCGAAAAAGCACAUAAGAUGGGGCUCUUGACAACCCCAUAUGCCUUCAAUCAAGAUGAAGCUGUGCAAAUGGCAAAGGCUGGUGCUGAUAUCAUUGUGGCUCAUAUGGGACUCACGACAUCCGGCUCUAUAGGGGCAAAGACGGCUGUUUCACUGGAUGAAAGUGUAGUUCGUGUACAAAAUAUUGCAGAUGCUGCAAGUAGGAUCAAUCCCAACGCCAUUGUGCUUUGCCAUGGUGGUCCAAUCUCGGGUCCAAGAGAGGCAGAAUUUAUACUAAAGAACACCAAGGGAGUUCAUGGGUUUUAUGGGGCGUCAAGCGUGGAGAGGCUACCUGUUGAACAGGCUAUCACCUCCACGGUCCAACAGUACAAAUCGAUUUCCAUCAACUGAAGUUUGAUCUGCUUGUUUUUGGUAAGUACAGAUGCUUCGUGUUGUGCUUGUAUCCCUAUUAUAUUUGCCUGGUUACAUUAUAUAAAAAGGAAACUAGCGUUGAUAUAAAAGUUGAGGUCGCUGUUGCUUUAUAGCGGUUUCUUAGUACCACUUGUAAUAUUAUAUCAUCUGAUCAAUAGUAACAUUAUUUUGGCAAGAAUUCGUACUUCAGAUUCUGCAAAAUGA